UAUUGGCCAUCAAGUAGAGGAGCAGAUGGCUCAAGCAAAUUUUCCUACCUGCAAUGAAAAUAGAGAUAGAAGAUGGUCUCUUCAGGGAAUGACUGCUCUUGUCACCGGUGGAACCAAAGGCAUCGGAUGUGCUAUUGUGGAGGAAUUGACGAGGCUAGGUGCAAAGGUCCAUACUUGUGCCCGGAAUGAAGUCCAACUCAAUGAGCGCUUGAGUGAAUGGAAGACCAAGGGUUUUCAUCAAGUCACUGCUUCGAUCUGUGAUAUGGCCUCAAAAUCCGAACGAGAGGAGCUCAUGAACGGGGUCUCAUCACUAUUCAAUGGGAAACUAGACAUCCUUGUAAACAAUGUGGGAAUCGCUAUAGGAAAGCCCACAACAGACCUCACAGCGGAAGACUACUCAAUUGUUAUGGGAACCAAUUUUGAAUCAUACUACAAUAUGUGCCAACUUGCGCAUCCUCUACUCAAAGCUUCAGGAGCUGGUAGCAUUGUUUUUAUAUCUUCCAUUGGUGGUGUGCUAUCAUUUGAGGGAGCUGGUAGUAUCUAUGCUGCCAGUAAAGGAGCAGUUAACCAAUUGGCAAAAACCUUGGCUUGCGAGUGGGCAAAAGACAAGAUUAGGAUCAACAGUGUUGCACCUGGGUACAUAAGGACCCCUAUGGCUAAAGAUUUUCUCAGUAACCAACCGAUAGUUGAGGCAGUUAGCGCUCGAACACCUUUAGGACGCAUUGGCGAGCCAGAAGAGAUUUCUUCCUUGGUGGCAUUUCUGUGCUUACCUGCAGCUUCAUACAUAACUGGGCAGACUAUCUGCGUCGACGGAGGGAUGACUGUUAAUGGCUUCAGCUUAGGCUUUCAAGGCUAGGAGCUUGUAUUUGAAACCGCAUAAAUUUGUUGACAAUGUUAUAUCAAGCUCAACUUCGUGAUCGAAUUGCAUCUACAUCGUCUAAGGUUUAGGUGUCCUUCGUUAAUUGCCUCAGUUGAAUGGAUCUUUUUAUCAUGAUCUCCUUUUAAGUUUUAUGGUCGCAACUCGCAACGUUACCAGUUACCUCUAGUUAUUUAACUAUUGCAAAUGAAUUAGAAAAAAAAUUCACCAUCAGUAUUUAGAAUCUGGUGGCAAAGUCAAUGUGGUACCCAGACUCACAAAACUAUCAAUAUGAUACCAAGACUCUUAUUUUGCUAUCAACAACGUAUUUCUGUCAAAUUUCUUUGACGACUCCGUCACAAAAGUGACGUGGCACACCUUGUGAGAAUAAAAAUAUAUUUUUUUCACCA